AAUAGCAAUAACUAAAUUAUAUAAGUGCAUACCAGGGUCUAGCCAGGGUUCAUAACUUCAUUAUUGCAUGGCUGCCACAGGAGCUGCCGAUGGUUUUUUCCGGUGUGUCUACGAGGGUUGCAUCUCCGGCGGCGACACGGAGAUAGAACGCCGGCCGUACCAUCGAAAUUGUGGAUGUGCCCUCCACAGUAAGAGCAACAAUAAAGGUAGGGGAAAUUAUAUUUGUCCCAAUGGAUUGCCUAAGUGCAAGAAUGUGUCUUAUCCUAUAAGGAGGUCUUGGAGUGAAGGCAGCUUGGUGUUGGCAGCUUCAAAUUACUCUUCUCCUUCUACUUCGCCAUUGAUUGAGCUUGGAGGAUCAUCAUCAUCGGCGGCAUCGUCGUCGAGGCCGCCGCAGUAUCAUCAACGACAUCGAUCGUGUAUUAAUGAAGAAGACCUUAAGGUUUGAUCAAGUUUGAAGUGUUUAAUUUUGCUGUUUUCCUCUGGUUUUGUAAUAAACCCCCAGUUGAUUUUGUUUGUUUAUUCAUGGAAACUAAGGAUCCAAACUGGCUGCUUGUUUCUGUACUUGGUGUGUGUGAAUUUGAUUAACUUGUAACAAUCAGUGUUCAUGUAUAAAUUUAAUAACAGGGUUUAUGUAUGUA